UCUAUGAUUGUUUUUUUCCUUACAUACACCAGUUUUGUUAGUCCAAUUUGUAAUUUCAAGUGUUGAAAGAUGAGGCUGAUAACACCUGAAGACGUCCAAGAUAUUGAAGUUGAUCCCAAUUGGUCCCCUUUACACAUGUUGGGUGCUGUUUGUGAACGUGCUUUAGAAAUUUACGCCAAAGAAACAAAAAACGCCAAGAAAAUUUCCAUGUCCCAAGUUGAAGAAAAUUCACCUUCAAGAAUGGUGGAAUUCCCUAAAAGUCUUACUAGGAUAAAUUUGAAGACGGAUACUGCUAUUGUUGAUGGUGAUGAAAUCAGUAAUUUGACUAAUGCGGAGAGAAGAGAGUUGAAGAAACGGGUAAUGGGUUUUGAUAUGACUGGUUAUACUUCUUGGAAGAGUAACAAUACUACUGAUCAUGUGACAUGGUCCGUCAAAGACGCGUUAGACAAGAAAGAGGGUGGAUUGAUUACUGAUGAAGCCGAAGAACUUUUAUCUCGUCAAGAGAGAUUGAGGAGAGAAAAGAAGCUUAAGAGACCCAUGGAGGAAGCUGAAAGAAGAAGAAUUCGAGGGAGCUCUUCGAGUCUAAAGAGAAAAAGAAGUGAUCAAGAAAAAAAAUGUGUUGCAAAGAAGAGAGAUUUCAAGAGGAUACAAUCUAAAACAAAGCACAUUCCAAUGCCCGAACAUGUCAAGAAUCGGAUCAAAGAGUUGGGAAAACAAGUAAAAGAGUUGAAAUUGAUAAUUGAAAAAGGAAUAUACAAAACGGAUGCUAGUAAAAGUCAUAAUCGCCUAUCAAUACCAAUAUCACAAAUUGUGGAGAAAUUUCUAAGAGAGGAAGAAGAAGAGUAUCUCGGUAAUCGAGUGAACUCCAAGAAAGUUCGAGUGAUCGAGCCGUCCCUCAAGAUUAGUGAACUGGUGUUGAGAAGAUGGGAGAUGAAGAAAGAAAAAUCAAUGAGUGUAUGUUAUGUGUUGAACGGGAAAUGGACUAAAAUUCGUACCAACAAUCAUAUCAAAAUGGGCAGUAGGAUUCAGCUAUGGGCUGUUAGAAUGGAUGACGAAGAGUUGAUUAUUGUUCUUGUGAAGCUUCCUGAUGAUGAAGAAGAAGGUGAUCAAGUUAACAUAAAAGAAGGUGAUCAAGUUACAACAGAAGGAGAAGAUAUUGAAGAGCAAGAAGGUUCUGAUAGUAAAACUAAUGUUGCUUCUACAAGCAAGCAGCACGAAUACUAG